AUGACCGAAGUGGCUGGGCAUGUUUCGCAGAUGCGGGCCCUGUUGGCCCAGGUCUUUGGCCCCGGUCGACCGUCAGACAAGGAUCUAGAGGAGCAGCAAAACCUUUUGCCAGCGGGGGCGCCAGGCUCCGGCGACGCCUGUGUGUCCCUGGUGGUGGGGACCCUGCUGGCAGCCGCAUCGCUGGUCAGCGUCGGCGUGGUGGUCUUCAGUGCAUUUUUGGACACAUGGCUUUGGCCCGUGUUGGGCGUGUUGCUUUUGCUGGGGCAUGGCUUCCUGAUCAAGGCCACGGCAGCCACGGCGGCUACGGAGGGGAAGCCGAAUGCCUGGGACUUCUCCCACGCCGCCCUGGUGUGCGAGGCCCUCGCCUACGCGGCCCUGGCGCCCACGUACUUCUUCCGCUCCCUGGUGGUGCCCUGGUGGUGGUGGAACGCAGUGGCGCUGCUUCUCCUGCUUCCUGCCACGGUGCUGCUCGUGUGCUUGAUCUACAACAACAUCCGCAGCGGCUCACGUGGACAGAAGGCAGCUGUUCCAGGCUACGUGAUGAUUGCGGCGACUUGCUUGCUUGUGGCUCUCUUGCUGAUCUUCGCGGGCAACGUGGGCAUCCAGACCCUUUCGAUGCCCCUCUUCCUCUCGAGGGACGUCUUGGAGAGGGUGGGCGUCGUCCGGACCUUCAACGAGUUCAAGGGCGGAGAGGGAGACAGCUCCAUCAGCUACCAAACCUGCGACCUGGCAACUUCGAAGUGCAGCCUCGGUGAUUUCGCUCGGGAUGAGUGGACGGCCGUGCGCCCGGGAGGGUCCACCAGCUGCAUGGUGGGUGACUUUGAGUUCCUGGUCUACAGGGGUGACCCCAAGAAAGUGCUUCUGCACAUGCAUGGCGGAGGGGCCUGUUGGAAUUGGGUCACGUUCCUUUUGGAUGCAUGCACGCGCACGGCGCCCAUGACCCCGAGCGGGAUCUUCAAUGCCUCGGAGCCGGGCAAUCCAUUCUACGGCUGGACCGUCAUUGACGUUCCGUACUGCUCCGGCGACAUCUUCGGGGGCGCCACGGAGAACUUCUGGAUCCUCGCACACCAGACCGCCAGCGCCUGGAAGAAGCAGUCGGGCUAUGCCAACAUGGACGCCGUCAUGAAAUGGACUCACGAGCAGUUCGGCGGCCACGCCGGCGACGACGGCCACGGUGGCCACGACGCCGGCCACGGCGGCCACGGCCUGGAUCGGCUUUCGAGUCUCGUCGUGUCAGGCGAGUCCGCAGGUUCCCUGGGCCUUCAGAUCUGGGGCAGUGACAUCCUGACCCGCCUCGAGGGCAAGUACGACCCCAAGGGCACCUACUUCAUCGGCGACUCCUUCCUCGGGGUGAUGGUGGAUGACCAGGACCUGCUGCAACGGCAGGUGAUCGACUACUGGAGAUUGUGCGACUCCGGUGUCGUCCCACCCGACCUGAGCCCAAAAUGCCACCCGGAUGAGCUUUUCCUGGCCGACUUCGUUGAGGACACCUUGCAGAAGUUCCCCGAUGUUCGCUACCUCAUGCUGAGCAGCAAGUUCGACAUGGUCCAGAAGGCCUUUGCAGACAUGCUUGUGAUCCUGGAUGACUUGUGGCUGAUCGCCACCCAGGGCUGGGACAAGGUACCCAAGUUCACCAACGCCUCCUUCUACGAGGAGGUCAGCGAGCAUCUGAAGCCGUAUUCUGCCUAUCCCCAGUUCUCAGCCUACCUUGUGGAUUCCAAUCAGCACACGUACACCUGUUUCGACAUUGGCUGCAUCGACAUGGCGACGCCGGCAGGGCCGCUGAACAACUGCAGCAGCCCAGAUGUCGGAGAGCGCCUGCUCCCCUGGCUGACGCCAGACGAGACCACCCAGCCUCUGUACCAAUGCUACGACCUCACGCGUGAUUCCCCCAUGUGGACGGGCCCCUACUGCAACCGUUCCCUGCCCUGGGUGGCGGGCAAGUGCCAUUCGCGACCCGGCGUCCAGUGCAAGGACUACUGA